AUGGAGCUUAUUCGAAAUGAGCCCGGAGAGCAGAGAAUCCCACAUUCUCUCGCAGAUAUGCUCGCAACACUGGUCCGAUUUCAGCAAUUUGACUCUGCCUCCGAGCUUGAGGUCACAAUCCUAUCUCACUUUGUGAACACAACUACAUAUAUCCUGUCUAUGCAAGGGUCGCAAGAUGCCACUGCUGACCGUAUCAAGCUUGACUCUACUGCCAACGUCAUCCACAAAUUAUUGACGCUCUGCUCUUCGGCAACAUAUCUCAUAUGGUUGGACAGAGAUCCUGACAAGCACGUAAUGGACCUGGAUGCGUCUAUGAAGACCUACAAAGACUUCAUGGCCGAACAGGCUGAAGACUCGGACGACGAUGAUCUUGCCACUACCGGACCCCCUACCACCGAUGAAGAGGUUGCCACUAUGGACGAGGAAAACGGGACAAGAAACGCACUACCGACUCUACCUCUCAACGUUGCACCAUCCCUGCCUCAGCCUACCACCUACCGCGCCCAGCCUGGUGAGGUGGUGAACCUUGACAGCGACGACAACGAGAAGUCCGCACCUAGCCCUGGUCGCAAGGGUGGUCUUCCCCGUCUCAACGUCCCCACAAACUCCGUCAAUGGCUACCUGAUGAAUACCAUCUAG